CUUUUCCGAGCUUUAAUAUUGGGAGGUUUUGUUCACGACUCACUGUCACUAUUAUUGAUCCCCGCCAUGCUGCAUGAGGAUGAGACGAGCGUCUGGUUGAAACUUUAUUGAGGAGGGGCGUAGUAAGAUAGAGGGGAGAAUUUGCCAUGAGUUUGAAGUAGACUUAAACGCACAAAACCAGUACGACAAACUGUCGAGCGACGAGCUUUGCAAUGGGUCAGUUUGAGCAGAGGGAGCGACUGUGAAACGGCCUAGUUCUUUUUGAGGUGGUGGCUCCUAACAUGUGCUGAUGUCUUCCUCUUCCGAGUAAGCAUUUUCUUAACUACCUCCAGGGCCGGUCCAUAUUUUCCCCUAGUCCUACUAUAGAUUUAGAUAUCAAUAUUAGUCCCCUUCUACGUUGCUCGUUGCGACUCUGUCUAUCCAUUGUAUUGACGUACACAGACCACCACGUCGAUGCACGCUCCCUUCAUACUGCCAAUCAUGGACGUAGUUUACCAGUACCCUAGAAAUAGAAGGCUCACACACUAGGAUACAUGCAGAACAAGUUCUCCCUCUCGUGCGACACUUUUGGGCGACCAUUUUUUACUUCGUGCGAUUCACAAUUCUAUUGUUUCCCUACCCCACCUACUAGUGCUAGUGAAGAUUUGUGAAACCAUCGAGCCAACACCGACAUCAAAAAAUGGUUCGCAUCCUCGCCUCCGGCGACGUGGUCACGGACAACGACCCCCGGGCGAAGUCUCUGAUCGAGAGCUCGCGGCCCCAGGAUGUCAUCGAACUUUACGUCCUCCCUAAAUUUGGCGUCGGCAAACAAGCCCCAACCUCCUCCAAACAACUUCCCCAGGCUCGUAUCGUAACCGCGCAGGAUGGGGAUGGUACAGCUUCCGGCGGAACAGGUUCCUUCCUCGAAACGGGCAGCAAGAUUUUCCUCUACGGUGCCUUCUACUGCCUUCUGUUUUUCUGUUCCUGGCUGGGCGGGUCGGGAUUGAACGCAGCGCUGCAGCAGAGAUUUGGUGGUAGCACGAGCGCGCCGACUACACCUCCAACGCUCGCGGCGAUUGUCGAUCAACAGGCGGAGCAGCAGGUAGCGGCGCAACAAGGCAGUUCAGACGGCACGGAGACGUUCUUGCGGUUCGUGCUCGCGUUUCACACCUUCUACGAUUUUCAGGACAGAAUCUUAUUUUUCCCGACCUGGUACAACCUUUCUUCCGCAAAAUCGUACUCUGGAAGGAGUUAUCCUGUGCAAAAGUAUCGCACUCGUAGUAAUUGCAAAUAUGCAUCAUGGCGAAUAUUUUUCCUAGGGAAAAACAGCAUUACAAAUUCCACUUUCCUGCUUGCCCAAAUUUGUCAUGCAAUUUAUACUUGUGCGAUACUUCUGCAAAAAUGCAUAGGAGUAUCAACGAGUCCACCGCGAUGCAACUGAGUAACACCGAGGCGGGCAACGGAGUGUUGACCAGUCUGAAAAUUUUCUUCCAGCUCUUCCUCAUCUAUACCUGCUUGUCGCUGUUGCUCUUCGCGGAGUCGCCCAGUUUGGUUUUUUUCUCCGGGUUUCUGUUCGCGUUUUACAAGCUGUUUUUCCACUACGUUGACUCCACGAUCGCGGUGAAACUGGGCCCCAUGGCGGUGAUCAGUCCGUACGUCACGUUUUACUGGGUGUCAAUCUUCGGCGGCAUAUUGUUGUAUGGCUACUGCUGCGCGGAUCGCUGUUUUCUCAUGGAAAUCCUUCAGCAAAACGUGGACCCCUUGUGCAGCGUGAAGCAAAAUCCGAGUCAAGGUAAAAAUAUACUGCCUCAUCUUAGGACAGUUUUCAUCAAGCUUUGCCUUCCUUCUGUGGCUCCUCCUCCACCUUACAAUCAAGUGGAGAAAAGUAAGUAGCCUGCUUUCUUGCAUCUGAGAGAACAAUGUAAUGAAUUACUAUACAAAUUUCGUAAAUCAUGCACAAAGAAACGUACGGCAACACCAUAAAAAACAGAUCUCGUCUUUUCCUUCCUUCUCCGCCUCAUCCUCGCGAGCCAUUUUCUCGCGGAGCUGCAAACCAAGAUCAACCACCGCCAGCACUGGGUCGACGUGAUUGCGAAAGUGCCAGCCUUCGCCGACAAGGCCGACCGACUCAUGUCGUUGAUUACGACCCUAUAUCAAAUGUAAAAAUGUCUGGGUCUGGAAGAAUGCGCGAUUUGUCAUGCAGCUUUUCCAUGACCCAUGAGGUCUGGAAUGCGGGACCUAGCAUGACAGAUUCUGCGCGACCUUUCUCAUGCCUAUCCUGCAUGAGAAACUGCCUCCCGACUUGGCCAAAACUGGACGACUUUUGGUAAUCAUGCAACACAGAUUUUUGCAUGCUGCAGAUUUAGCAUGACAAGUUGCACUCUUCCAGACCCAGACAUUUUUACAUUUGAUACCCUACUAAUCAUCGGUUGCAGUACGCUGAUCUGCGGAAACCUCGUGUGCGACUACCUGCUCCCGCAAAUCCCACUAUGCAUUGCAAAUAUGUCUGGGUCUGGAAGGAUGCAACUUGUGAUGCUACCUUUGGACCGUACAUAAAAUCUGUAUUGCAUGAACAGCAAAAGAGGUGAAAUUUGUGCUACGCGGAGACGGCAUUUCUCAUACUGUAUGAGCAUCAGAAAGCCUUCGCAGAAUCUCUAAAGCUAGGGCAUGCAUCACAGACCUCGUGGGUCAUGAAAAACCUGCAUGACAAACUCCUGCAUUCUUCAAGACCCAGACAUAUUUGCAUUUGAUACCCACUUCUCCAGGACCAUCUUUACGGCUUGACCGUGCUCUACACAACGAUCAUGACCUUCUCGCUUUUCCUCGUCCAAGCGCCCACAACGUUUAUGUUCGAGGGUGGAAGCUUUGGGACGCAUAUGGAGGUGCAGUCCUGCGGGGUGUCGGCGAUGGCGGGGGUGUUUUUAGUUGGGUGGAUGAUGGUGCCAGAGUCAUAA